UGGCUGCUGCUGUCUCUGCGCUCCGCUGUGCGCUGCCGGUACAGGCUGUCGCCGCCGCCGCCGCCUGAGGUACCGCGGUAGCCGCAGCAGCCUGGCCCUGCCCUGGUGUCACUGAGGAUGAGCCCCCGCGCUGCCCAGCGCGCGUCCCGCCCUGCCCGCCCGAGUCCAUUCAUCUAGCGACUGGUCUCCCUUGCAAUUAUGGAGUUUUAGAAGAAUCAAGUAGUGUGGAGGGGGAAUCCCCCUCUGCACGCUUGAGGUAGUUCACGUCUGGCAUUUUCUAUGGACAAGAAUAUUUGUUACAGAAGAUGGUGAAAUAAGACUUCUACAAAUACAUACCUAUAUAUAUUUAUAAAUAUUUAUUUGGAUCAAGUGCCAAACACAGCAGUACAAAGAUUUCUAAUGGCAGCUCAAUAAAACUGGAAUUACAAAGUGUUUGUUUGUUUUUUUUAAGGCACUGUGUUGUGUACUGAAUCGGAGUGCCUUGAGACACUUAAGGGUCGUUCCCCUUAAGGAGAGGAGCAGCUUUAGAAGUGAAGAUGAGUUCUCUCUUGCCAGACUGCACUUCAAAGUGUCGAUCUCUACAGCAUGCUUUGGAUGUUAUCUCUGUAGUAACCAGAGGAAGCGAAGGCCAGAUCAAGGCCUUUCUGUCUUCUUACUGCUACAAUGCUGCAACUAUCAAGGAUGCCUUUGGUAGAAAUGUUAUACAUCUCGCUUCAUCCUGUGGCAAAAAAGGCGUGCUGGACUGGUUGGCUGAGAGCAAAGGAGUCGAUCUCUUGGCGAAAGACGAAGAGUCUGGUUGGACAGCUUUGCACAGAAGUAUAUUUUAUGGAUACAUUGACUGUGUUUUGUCCUUGCUGAAGCAUGGCGUUAGUCUCUAUGUUCCGGAUAAAGAAGGCUUAUCAGCCCUGGAUCUUGUCAUGAAGGAUAGGCCAAUCCAUGUGGUGUUCAAGAAAACUGAUCCCACGGAAGUCUACACCUGGGGAAGCAACAUAAACUUUACUUUGGGUCAUGGUGGUCAACAGGGUAAACACCAUCCUGAACUGGUGGACCUCUUCCCUCGAAACGGCGUGUACAUCAAACAGGUGGUCCUCUGCAAAUUCCACUCUGUGUUCCUUUCCCACAAAGGUCAAGUUUAUACAUGUGGACACGGACAAGGAGGACGCUUGGGUCACGGUGAUGAACAGACAUGCCUGAUUCCAAGACUUGUGGAAGGCUUAGCUGGCCAUCAGUGCUCUCAGAUAGCUGCAGCUAAGGAUCACACUGUUGUGCUAACAGAAGAUGGAUAUGUUUACACAUUUGGUUUAAACACUUUCCAUCAGUUGGGUAUUCUUCCUCCUCCUGCCAACUGCAAUGUUCCUAGGCAGGUUCAGGCAAAAAACCUGAAAGGUAGAAUGGUGAUUGGAGUGGCUGCAGGCAGAUUCCAUACAGUGCUAUGGACUAAGGAAGCAGUGUAUACCAUGGGGCUGAAUGGCGGCCAACUAGGUUACCUGCUGGACCCCAAUGGGGAAAAAUGUGUGACUGUACCUCGGCAAGUUUCUGCUCUACACCACGAAGAUAUCGCCGUCUCCUUGGUCGCCUCGAGUGACGGCGCUACAGUAUGCGUCACUGAGAGAGGAGAUAUCUAUUUACUUGCAGACUAUCAGUGCAAAAAGAUAGCUUCAAAACAACUAAACCUCAGGAAAGUUCUUGUUAAUGGGGGACGCUUGGAAUAUAAGGUGGAUACCCAGCAUCUUGAAGACAAUGGGGGUGAGAAGAUCUGCAUUCUAGCACUGGAUGAAGCUGGAAGAGUGUUCUGCUGGAAGUCAUCCAGCAGCUCCAUGAAGCAGUGUCGUUGGGUGUACGGCCGGCAAGUCUUCAUGUCUGAUAUUGCUUUAAAUGGGAGUGAAAUAAUGUUUGUCACACAGGAUGGUGAAGCCUUUACAGGGAAGUGGCUGGAAGAAGAGAAAAAAAUCUCAGAAAAGAAAGAGCUUGUAUCAAGCCUUCAGAAUUCUUCAUGUGAUGUGUCUUGUGAACAUGAUUCAAACAGUGUGUAUGAAAGAAUUCGCCUGCAGAAGCUGACUUUUGUCCACCGAGCUGUCAGUAUUGCCACCGAUCCCAAUGGCUGCAACUUUGCUGUUUUGCAGUCAGAUCCUAAAACAAGCCUCUAUGAAAUUCCAAGUGUGUCAUUAUCAAGCUUUGGGGAGGAUUUUGGCAAACUGCUACGUGAAACAGAUGAAAUGGACAGCAUCCACGACGUGACUUUUCAGAUUGGCACCAGAACCUACCCCCUGCACAAAUACAUCUUGGCUGCGCGCUCUGACUUCUUCAACGAGCUGUUUGCUGCCAGCGACAACCAGUUAGACACGCCGGGUGUCUACCGUAAAGAUGAGGAUGCUGUCGGCUGUGAUCUGUACAUCAUAGAGAAAGUCCACCCAGAUCUGUUUGCCUACCUUCUGCAGUUCAUAUACACUGAUACCUGUGAUCUCUUAACCCAAGGAUUCAAGCCAAAACUCCUGCCUAAAGGAAAGUCGGAGGAGUACCAAGACACUUUAAUUUCUAACCUGAGCAAAAUGAGUUUUGAGGACGACGUGAAUGGAAAGGCUGCCUUUGAGAUUUACAGGAAUAACCAAGUGCAGGUUAUACAUGAAAAACAGAAGGGCAAAUCUAAAAAAGGCAGAGUGGGUGGUGAGGAAGCCAACCUCAUAAAAAUGGUGCAGAGUGCAGCGAAGAAGUUUGGACUCAGCAGUUUGAGUGAAAGGUUGGAUGGAGUCAGGUUGGAAAAUGGGAAAAUUCAUGUUGUCAACAAGAAGAAUGGGAACAAACCAAAGUUACAUCAGAAUAAAUGCUCCUACCUCUGCGAUGUGACCCUGAAAUCAUUAGACGGAAAGGAAUUCCCGUGUCAUAAGUGUGUGCUUUGUGCAAGACUUGAUUAUUUUCACAGCAUGUUAAGCAGCUCGUGGAUCGAGGCUUCCUGUUGUUCAGCUCUGGAAAUGCCAAUCCAUUCUGACAUCCUGCAGAUAAUUGUAGAUUACCUGUACACAGAUGAAGCUCUUGCAGUAAAAGAGUCUCAAAAUGUGGAAUUCAUAUGCAACGUUCUGGUGGUAGCAGACCAGCUUCUUAUAGCCCGGCUCAAAGAGAUCUGUGAAGUAGCCAUUGCAGAAAGACUUACUUUAAAGAAUGCUGCUGAGCUGUUGGAGUUCUCAGCAAUGUAUAAUGCUGAACAGCUGAAGCUGUCCUGUUUGCAGUUCAUAGGACUCAAUAUGGCAGCUUUGCUUGAGGCAAGGACUCUUGAUGUCUUAAGUGAUGAAGUUGUAAAGGACCUUUCUGUUUAUUACAGGAAAAUGAUUCCAGCUAUGGUCAGGAGAGUAAUUACUCCCUAUCCAGAUGGACCUGACAUAAGUUCUUUUGAGCCUGAAGAUGGAGAGAACUUUGUCUUUUUGAGGGAUGAAAUGAAUGCAGAACAAAAUACUCAGGAAGCCCUUUUCAAAAAAGCCAAAAAUAAGGCCAAAAAGAAGCCACGGAAACGGUCUGACAGCUCUGGAGGAUAUAAUCUAUCAGAUAUUAUUCAGAGUCCAGCCUCUACAGGCUCAGUAAAGUUGGAUAAAACUAACUCUGUGGAAUCACUUCCAGAGCUCUUAACGUCUGACUCUGAAGGUAGUUAUGCAGGUGUGGGAAGCCCCAGAGAUGUGCAGUCCCCUGACUUCACCAAAGGAUUUCAUCCAGAGAGGACUGAGGUGAAGGACAAAGUGUGCAGUCAGGGCGUUAAACUCCCUCAACCUACCAAGGAGACAAAGUCAUGCAAGGGAUCGUCAGCACUGACGCAGUCUGUUCCACAGUCCAUCCCCAGUGCCAAGAACAACUCUGCAAGCUCUCCCAAUUGGGUAGCAACCAGUUUCAGCCCUGCCAGCCCUCCUGCUAUGGAUCUGAGAACCAUCAUGGAGAUUGAAGAAAGUCUGCAGAAAUGUGGAACCAUGCCAAAGGCAAAUUCAGGCAGAAUGGCAUCUCAUGGAAUCAAGCUCUCUCAGAAGCAAAGGAAAAUGAUUGCCCUGGCAGCAAGAGAUAAUGGAUCAGUAACUAGCAGCGUGGAGCCUCCUGUGACAGCGCCCACACCACCUACAAAAGUUGCAAAACUAGGGAAUGCCUGGUCAUCUUCAUUGCAUUCUGCUUUGCCAAAGUCAUUCCGUGAUCUUGUAAUGGAAGAAGAGAAGUCUAUGAAUAAUUCAUCUGGUGCUGGUAUCAAAAGAGCUGGAUAUAAAGGGACUGAGGAUUCAUCAGUCCAAAACACCACAAGAUGCACCACUAGAAAUAGCCCAGGUCUGGAAGACCACGUUCUGGAUUCUCCACACCUGGAGAGCCACAAUCCUUGGCUAGCAGCAUCCCCAGCCAGCUCUCCUGUCAUAGCACCUGUCAUGUUUUCAGCUAUUGUAGAGGAAGAGCUCCAGCAAGAAGCUGCUCUUAUUAGGAGCAGAGAAAAACCUUUGGCUUUGAUCCAGAUUGAGGAGUGUGCCAUUCAGGAUCUGCUGAUCCACUACGAGGCAUUUGACAACCCUGAUGAAUUCGUGACGGUCGAAAGGGCUCCGCAGGGACCUAUAGCAGCACCUAUAUGGAACAAGCACUGAUUUGUAAUCCUCACAGGCCACGCUGUAUGUGCACCUCUGAAGUUCUGAUCCUCAUCAGACACAACUGGAGGAAGUGGAAUCAUGUCAUUUUUAACAUCAGCAUUAAAGCCCUGCACAUAGUCACUAGGUGUUGGUUAGAGAGAAUGGAAAUAAUGCAUUCACUGUGUCCUUGACCCACGGUAUCUAUCCUCUGUAUGCUUGGAGAGGAAUUCCUUAACAAGAGAGACUCUCAGCAAUGCUCCCUGAGGCUGUAGAUUGGAACUGCAGUUGCUAAUGUUGAGGUGGGAGGAGGGGUUUCAGCUCAGCUCACGGGUGGCUGAAGAGCCGCCUGCCUGCUUUGCGAUUGCACGUGGAACUCGCUCUGCACCAUUGGACAUCUGCAACGUUUUGGGGGUGCUUGCAUUCUUCAGAGCUUCCUGGCAAACUGGCAUUAGUGGCAAAAGUUUCUGCUUGAACUUUGUGUGAAAGUACAGUUUGAUCAUGCAGUUUUCCUUCAGUGUGCAGGCCCUGGCUCUCUGCUGGUUGUGGCCGGUACCUCUUACUGUCACGCUCCUUGAUGGACUUCCUGUGCUGUGCUAAGUGCCCUGCCAUUGCCUGCUCCCAGUGGAGGUGUGCAUGUUUGAACACUGGGGUGAGACUGGCCCCUGAGCAGCCAGCUCUGGUGUGAAGUAAAGCAUACAACUGAGUGGAAGGUGGUGGCACUUCACCAGCUCCUCUAGAGUCUUACUCUGGUAAAUAUGGUACAGUUGUAGAACCACUCUCUGGAAGGUACAAUUCACUUGAAGUGCUGAGGGACUAAACCAGAUCUCUCUGUUCAUUGUGAAAGCUCACAGGGAUGAAUGCUUGCCUUGGGGAACCUGCAAACACCUAACUUUCAAAGGCUGUCAUAGGUGGCUUUGAGUAUUGUGUGUUCCAAAGUUCUCUGUGCCUGGUUUAAACAAAUUUAUACACAUAUAUA